AGCGGGCGGCCGGUAGCAGCUGCAGAGCCGAGCCGCGGCUAGACCAGCAGAGCUGAGCCGAGCCGAGCCGAGCCAGCCCGCAGCGCUCACCGCCCCUGCCCCGGCCCCGCAGCAGCCGCCUCUGAACUGACAUCUUCCAAACCUGCUGUAAAAAAAAAAAAAUAAAAAAAAAAAAUGGAAACCAUGCAUGAGCUGAUCCCCUUUGCCAAAGAACUGCUCAGCCAGAAGCCCAACAGGAAAAUGGUCAAGCUGUACAUGCUGGGCAGCGUGCUGGCCUUCUUCGGUGUGGUCAUCGGUCUGGUGGAAGCAGUGUGCAGUCCUUUCACCUCUGAAGGGAGGCUAGAGGAGGAGGAGGAGAAGAAACCUACCCCAACACGAGGGCAAAUGCUUCCUCAGAAACAGGAGGAUUUGAUCUUGGAAAAGAGCAAGAAGCCGGUGGUGAUGCAGCGGGCCCAGGUGACCAGGCAGCAUGCCUCCUAAGAGCCCCACAGCCUGAGUGGUGUCUGCUGAGCAACCAAGCACAAGAGACUCUGCUGUCCUGUUGUACCUGGUGGUGGUUCCAGCAAGAAGAGCGAAGGUUUGGCUGAACGAGGGAGACCGCAAGUGCAAGACUUGAAAGAAACGAAUGGUUAUAAUUUGCUGCUGUGCAGCAGUAGGAAAAAAUACCUUUUGUUGGUAUAAAAAUGUGCAAGAUGCACAGCAUGGUUUCUUAUUUUUAUUACAGAUGCAUUUUACAACAUUUUGCAAAAUCAAUAAAUAUUUUAUAUGGUA